AUGACUGACGAGCCAAACGAGAAUCAUAGCGACGCUGCGAACGAAGGCAACGAUGACAGCAGCAUCAAUGCCUUCGAGGGUGGCCUGGCAUGCAAUGGCUGCCGCCGGCGCAAGCUUCGAUGUUCUCGCGAGGUUCCCACGUGCCAGCAGUGUCGGAAGAUCAACGCCCUUGAGAAGCUCAUUGAACAGCAAGGUCCCCGGGUGGCCCAAGACGGCACAAACUCUCAGGACACGGCAAAAGACUCGGUUUCUCCUCCUGCAAGCACGAAUCCAUAUGAGAUUCUUUCUUUAUUUGCACGAGAGUUGCAACGUUUCAAUGAAAUGGCCGCCACAUCCCCCGACCACCAGGUUGUGACAGGUCCAAGAGACAGAACUCCCCCGAACAAACGCCGUCGAGUAGAUACUGGCUCGGCUGCCGGUAUGACUGGACCUCGUACACAAGUUGGCCUUGAAAUCCCACCAAUGCCAAUUGGUGAAGCUUUAGAGGCAGCUAUGUGCUCUUACUUUAGCCACAUCCACCCAUGGAUACCCAUUAUACACGAGGGCCGCCUGCGACGUCGUCUCGUCCGCCCAGCUGAUAACGAAAGGCUACGGGUAGUGCUGUAUGCCAUGAUGCUCUCUGCGUCUCGAUUCAUCGAAGACGUAGAAAUUUCAUCCGCCUGGACCCUUCCGUACGAACAGCAGAUGAAUGCAAGAGACUGGAUCGUCGCCGAAGCCAUGAAGAGUCCUAGCGUCGAGAGUCUCCAGGCUCUGGUCAUCGUAGCCUUUAACGAUAUAGGCAACGGCGAGGGCUCACUUGCAUGGUCAUUAGUCGGGUCUAUGACUCGCACUGUUGAGUACUUGCAGCUGACGGUCGAAAUCGAUGGGACAGACAGGCCCUCACUGAUUCAGCCCUGGGUCUCACUACCACCUCCUCAGGAUUGGACAGAAGCCGAAGAGCGUCGCAGGGUGUUCUGGUCCGUUUUCAAUCUGGAUCGGUUCUGUUCCGUAUCGAUGGGAUGGAACACUAGCCUGACCUCGGACGACGUGAGCCGUCGUCUACCGUGUGAUGGCUUUACCUGGCGGAAAGAAGACCCUGUGAACACUCCCUAUUUCGGCAUCUGGGACAAAGCCGCUGGCCGCAUCGGCAACCCCAUCGCAUUUAUGCCUUCGCACUACCAGGCCUCGGAAAGCGAGAAACGUAGUCCUUCUGACCCGGGGGCGUCGCCAGGAGCCCAGCUUCGAGGAACCGAUAUGUCUGCAGUUGGAGCCUUUGCAUAUAGCGUGGAAGCAACCGAAUCACUUAGUCGAGUGAAUGCGUACUUCCUCCAGCAAAAGGUGAACAUACGAGACAACCGUGAUCUGUCAAACUGGCUUACACGCUUCAAAGAGCUUGAUCUUCGUCUGGUCCAUUGGAAGAUGUUCCUACCACAGAAGUGGAAGGCCAAUAUGGCAAGGCAAACGUCACGGAUGGACCCGAAUUUGACCCUUGCUCACAUCACCCACAAUACCUCGAUUAUCCUGCUUCACCAAGUUAUGGCCUUCCCAUCUCCGGAAUGGAGUUUCAAGGACCGCCUCCCGACCCUCUUAAGCUUGGAGACUUGCCAGGCUGCAGCUGUCGAAAUCGCAACGAUUACGCAGAAUUAUUUGAAGAACGCACCUCCGACGGCACCAGUGUCCAGCCAGUUUGCUUUCGGCAUUUACAUUGGCGCAAAAGUGCUCCUGCUGUACUGGAGACAUGCCGCAGCACAGAGCUCCGCCCCGCAGACUCUUGCGCCUGAGUUCUGGUCCCUAGUAAGGAGCCUGGAUGAGAUGGCAAGACGCUGGACUGGGCCUCACAGGCAGGACUACGAGCGCCUGAAUCUUGCAGCAAAGUACUCGCGUAAAUUGUCUCAAUUUCAUAACCGAUGUCAGGGCGACGCUUCGUAUGCUAUAAACGUUUUGCGAUAUACUGCCGAAAUCGAUCAAACGCCUUCACUGGGCCGGCCUGGGUCAGAUGCACGGUAUCAGGCAGGAAUUGGAGCUUUUGCGACAGCCUCUGCAGCUCGAAGAGAGUCUCAUCCAGCACAGCCACGCCCUGACUUCGGAUUAGGUGACACCUUCACGGUCCUACCGCCGACACAAACAGCUCCGUCAAUGGGCUUCACGACUGGUCCCACUGGUCUUCUCCAAGCACAGUCUCCCAUCAGCGCCACCGGUAGUGGAGAACUGGGGGCAAUAUCCCAGAUCUUCAUGGACCAGCAGUUCAUGAACAUGGAUCGUGUGAUCAGUUAUGAUGAUGGGGUAUUUCAGUCAGAGUACGAAGGACUUUGGUGA